AUGACUCAAAACAAGUACACCGUUAUCCUCCCUACUUACCAAGAACGCGAAAAUUUACCCAUUAUCACUUGGCUUCUUGCAAAGACUUUCAAGGAACAAGCCAUUGAUUGGGAAAUUAUUAUUGUCGAUGACAAUAGUCCUGAUGGAACCCAAGACGUUGCAAAGGAACUCAUCAAAAUUUACGGUGAAGACCGUAUUCAAUUAAAACCUCGUGCAGGUAAACUUGGUUUGGGUACUGCCUAUGUCCACGGCCUCCAAUUUGCCACCGGUACUCAUAUCAUUAUUAUGGAUGCUGACUUUUCUCAUCACCCUAAAUUCAUUCCUCAGAUGAUCAAGUUACAACAAGAAAACAACUUUGACAUUGUCAGUGGAACUCGUUAUAAGACCGGUGGUGGUGUUUAUGGUUGGGAUUUAAAGCGUAAACUUGUCAGUCGUGGAGCAAAUUUCUUAGCUACACUUAUGCUCCGUCCCAACGCAUCAGAUCUUACUGGUAGUUUCCGUCUUUACAAGAAGGAUGUCCUUUACCAAUUGAUUAAUGCAACUAUCGCUAAGGGCUAUGUUUUCCAAAUGGAGAUGAUUGUUAGAGCCAGACAAUUCAAUUAUACAGUUGGUGAAGUACCCAUCACUUUUGUUGAUCGCGUUUAUGGUGAGAGUAAGAUGGGUAUGUCCGAAAUUGUUCAAUAUGCUCAAGGUGUCUGGAGAUUAUUCACUACCAUUUAA